AUGGGAAGUAGAUCAAUGUCGGUCGAACGAGCAAGUGCGGACGGAGACAAGCAUGAAACCGACCUUCGAACGCAGAGAACUGACGACGAAAAUGGGCAAGAAAUCCACGCAGAAGCGAAACAAUGCGAUGAACGCGAACGCGAUUCGCAAGCGAAAGGAAUUUCCUACGCGAAUCGAGAAGAGAUUCGAGCGAAAGCGAAGCAGGCGUUGAAAGACCACAAUCACGACCUAUUGUACUCAUUGCUGCAGUGCACGAGCUUUGAUGACGGGGAUGAUCUGAUUAAACUAUGGGAUGAAGCACACUACAGGGAAGAGGAGAAGCGGCUAGGCCACGCGCUUACUCCUUUGUCUCGCUUCAGGAUACGCCAAAAGUAUCCACCUCCACUCACAAUCUGCCCAUCGGGCAAACGGAAGAGUGCGGCGCUGCCAACUUCCUCCACGCAGAUCCUCAAGGAAUGGCUACGGGCGAACCGAUCAAGUCCGUACCCGAGCAAACUGGACAAGACUCGGCUCUCGCAGAAGACCCAGCUGACACUCGGUCAAGUGAAGACUUGGUUCGCGAAUGCCCGAAGGCGUAUGAAGAAGAUGAAAAAGGGGCGGGACGGACGCGUUCCCCUAAGAAAAGUUGGUCACUACCCCUACCGACCGAUAGCACCACAGCCGAAUCCGACCCACAAAUGGGCACCCCAGGAAAACUACUGGACCGAAACGAUGGGACACAAUAGUAACUCUGCUGUCGCUUCAGUCAAUGGUAUGCCUAAUCCCAAUGGCUUUAUGGAUCAUUUCUUGGGACCACCAAUACACUCGACUCCCCUCCCGCCUUUCAGUACAUUCAUGCAGAAGAGACCGGAUAUGUUUAAUAAUCCGUCUUCUGUAUUUCAGUAUCAAAACGAGACCGGCAAUGCUUGGGCUCCGCACUCAGUCUCAGAUACUUGGAUGGAACCGUGGAGACCCCAGGAGAUGUUUAUGAGUCCAGACUUCGAGGCACCAAAUGUAAAUCAGAGAUCUGCAUUCAGGGCCGUGACUCGUAACAAUCUCUAUCGACCGCAACCGGUCAAGAUGCUUCCUGCACCCAGCGACGCCCAUCGAAGCCUCCACAUGAACCACAUGAUGUGUCGCCAUGACAACAUGAAUAACACUCGCUCUGUUUUUGAUGCCGGAACGACGACACAACUGGACGUGGCCAUAACGCUGGCCCACAUGGGAGACCAGUAGGUCUCCCUGACUUUCCUAGACUAUUGAGUUCUAGUGAUCUUACCACGUUUUGACAAUUCGGCAGUGUACUGCUAGUUUAUUUCAAUCUAGUUAUGAUAUCAUGAUAAAUGAGGCUACACACGG